GGCGGAUGGAAUUGUUACCCAGCCUUCUCGACAGGAUGUCGAGGAGUCUGUAACCAUUUUGAAUUACCGGGACGGGGAGGUGGAAUUUGGCGGGCCGCAGCCAUUAAAAGAAACAGGCCCCCCAGACGAUACCACUCUGUCCUGGGACAACAAGGUCAUGACAACCACCAGUGAGGGGGAUACGGGGGAACGCAUUAACCCUAGGCCCACUAUUGUGAAAACGGAAUUGAAUGUUGAUGAUAAAUCUUAUUUGUUCGAUAAGGAAAAUAUAAUGCCAGACGUUAAAACUGAUCCGGAUGACGCGGAAGAAACUCGAAAGGAUAGCGGUAGCGAUAACGGUGCUCAUGCGCAGGGUAACCGUUCCCGUUCUGCUCCCAUUGAAAGAUGGCAUCUUCCUCCUCCCUUGCAAAGGCAGGAAGAAUUUACCAUCUUCUCUGAUAAUGAUCAGGCAGCAAAAUUAUUUAAUGAUGACCUGAAUAAGCGUACAUUAGCGCCUGCUCGGACAUCCA